UUAUGAAGAGCGGCAGGUUGCGUGUAGCCUGGCAGAGGAAGGCCGUUACCGGCCAGGUGCCUCAGCUGCAGUCCCGCCUCCUGGCAGCGGAACGCCCCUCCUGUGAGGUGUGUCCGCCUGUGUGCCCCGAGCAGGACAGGUUGUCUCACCUCCCAGCCGCUGACACCUGAACAUGGAGGCCGAGUACCGGGGUCUGGGCCGCUGUGUGUGCAGCUUCUGGCUGGCUGUCGCCUUUGACAUCGUGGGCCUGACCGUGCUCCUCCUCGGGGUGUUCGUCAACGUGUUUUUCUAUGACCUGCUCAUCUACGCGGGCGCCAUCGUCAUCUUCCUCAGCCUCAUCUGGUGGGUGUUCUGGUACUCUGGGAACAUCGAGGUGCCCCCGGGGGAGCUGGAGGAUGACGUCGGCCUGCUGAAGAAGAAGGGCGCCGCGGGCGGCAUCGGCGGGAUAGUGAGGCAGCUCUCCAGCCGCGUCUCCAACGGAAUCAGGAACUCUUUCCGCCGGAACGGAGGCCGCGUAAGCCGAGCGCAGAGGUCAGCCGUUGGGACAGCGGAGUCCCAGCGGACGGGACAGGUGGCCGUUGCCAUGGAAACCGUGGUCCCGCAGGAAAGCCCCCCGCACACUGCAGUGUCCCCCGUGGCUGGCGGUCACGUAGAGAUGCCGCACACAACUAUGGAGACUUCACCCACGUAAUAGGUGGACAGAACAAGCCAGUACAGUCCUUUUCUCCUGGUCCUGUCAUGAACUUCAUCUCUCCUGCCACUGAAGUGCAUAUCUUCCCUAUUGACAUAUGAAGAUAUGCAGCAGAAUAAAACUUUGGCCCUGAA